AUGACAAAGACAAAGGUUUUAAUACCUACAGAUAAACCGAAACGUCGCAUCGCGAAGUUCGGCGAACGCGCGCGUAAACUUGACCAAUUCGAUUUCCGAACGCGCCCGCGCCCCCGCCGGCGGCCGACCGCGUUGGGCGAAAGUCGCAAGGAGCCCGGCGCGCGGGUGAAAGUGACCGCGUCGGAAAGCGACCCGACCGCCGCCGCUUUCGUACGAGUGUCCUUUCCUUCGGCGGCGCUCGCGGACCGGUUGCAGUCGCUAGUCGUCCCCUUUCAACGCGGCGCGAGCGAACGGGACGCGCGACGUUUGAUAACAUUUCGCACGUACAAAUGUUCAGACUAUCUC